ACAAUUAUAAAUUGAAUGCACUGCCAGGAACAGGAGACCAGACGAUGGCUCUUAAGUUUGAAAGAUGUCGACAGGACCCCCUGUGGUAGUACAGAAGCAAGUUUGCGACACACAAAGAAAGUGAACAGGAUGUCACGAAACGCGUAUUUGUGGGCGUGUCUCCUCCUAGGAGCUCUUUGCCUCCUUAUCGCCGCCAACAGCGUCAAGGCCGACGGUGAACUGACGGAAGAUGAUGUCGAGAAAAGAGCAAACUACUUCAGAGGUAGGGGUAGGAAAGCUGGAAAGCGGGAUGAUGACGAAGCAGCUUUGGUCGAUGAUACAUUGACCGACGAGGAAAAAAGAGCAAAUUACUUUAGAGGUCGUGGACGGAAAGCUGGAAAGCGCGACGACGACGAAGCAGCUCUGGUAGAUGAUUCUUUAACAGAUGAAGAGAAGAGGGCAAAUUACUUCAGGGGAAGGGGUAGGAAGCCUGGAAAGCGAGACGAUACCAUCGCAGAUUUGGUCGAUGAUGCUCUAACCGACGAGGAGAAGAGAGCGAAUUACUUUAGAGGUCGUGGACGCAAAGCCGGAAAGCGCGACGACGACGGAGCAGCUGUAUUAGACGAUUCUUUAACAGAUGAAGAGAAGAGGGCAAAUUACUUCAGGGGAAGGGGUAGGAAGCCUGGAAAGCGAGAAGAUCCCAUGGAAGCUCUGGACGACGACACUCUUACCGAUGAAGAGAAAAGAGCAAAUUACUUUAGAGGUCGUGGACGAAGACCCGGAAAGCGCGACGAUUUUGAUGCAGGACUGGUAGAUGAUACUUUGACGGACGAGGAGAAGAGGGCAAAUUUUUACAGAAGUCGGUUCCGCGGCGGAAAGCGAAGCGAUGAUAUUGAAGAUGUCUUGACCGAUGAAGAAAAAAGGGCAAAUUACUUUAGGGGCCGUGGCAGGAAAGCCGGGAAGCGAGACGACGAUGGCUUUGACUUGGCCGAUGAGAUUGAUGGUGGACUUAUGGAUGACGAAAAGAGGGCUAACUUCAGGGCUCGCCAGCGGGGAAGGAUGAGCGGCAAAUAAACAUGUCUCAUAUUGCAGCGUGCAUUGCAUGACUUCUAAAAAAUAUGAUUUAUCAAAUCACUAAUUCAUUUUUACGGCUUCAUUUUUCCGAAACCUAAUCAACAAAGUUGCGUAGAAAUAAAACCCAACGAAAAAAGUGUCUCUGCAAAAAAAGGAUUGUUAUUGGGCGAUUCCUUGCUGUGUCGUACAUGACAUUUUUUUACAACAUUUUACACCUUUUUUGACAUUGAUAGUGAUCCUUAUUUAUCACCAGAUGGGGAACAAAAACUAAGACUUGACAUGACUUAGUUAUAUAUCCAUUAAAUUGAAAUGAAAAAUUUUACUGUUUAGGUCGUGACACAAAACGAAAAGAAACAACAAAGACGUGUUUUAUAUUUAAAAAAAAAGCAUGGAAUCGCCCUAAUCAAAAGAUGCACAACAUGCAUAAUGUGAAGAGAAUAUCAUUUAAAUUAUCGUAUCCCUACUAUAAAAUAAUUUAAUUUAGGCUAACGUGUUUGUACCUUUAUUUGUAAAUAUGUAUUGGAAAGGCCGAGACGGACGGGGAGAUGCGGUAUGUACCAAUAUCAUUCCGAAUUCAGAGACAACAUAAGGCUGAUGUUGAAUUAAUAGAGAUGGUGUAAGUGUAAAUACUAAGAGGAGAGAUACCAUACUUCUUAGGAAAUUGAUAAAAGACGAUUUAUUUUCUUUAUAAUUCUAAUCUUCAGAUCUAAUUUUUCUGGUUCUGUUGCUGUCUAAUUCAAGCCUGUAGAAUUAUACAUAGCAUAUAUCUAUAUCAAUGUAAUAUGAUGUAAAUAUCAAACAGAAUUGCUGAUAUAUAUUAAAUAUUGAUUAAUGAUUGUCGAAAAACAACACGUCGUUGAUCGUUUACGCCAAUCUACAAACUAUUGAAAGAACCUGAAGAAAAAUACAGAAUACAUGAAGUUCACUGACCGUAUAAUUCGCCUGUGAUUUUGUUGAAAUAUGCCGCACUGUCAAUACUUCAUCGAAGAACUAUCACCAGGUAGAACUCAACACCUUCCCCUUGUAUAUUUGUGCAAUAAAAGAUGGCUAACGUUUGAGAAGUUCAGGGUGGCCAAUCUAUGGUGCACUUAACAACGAAAGGCAAAAUGAAAAAAAAUAUCUAGGAAAACAGUAGUAGCUCAUGGGUAUUUUUUUAAAAUACUUUCUGACAAAAAGAAUUAAUUUGCUAUAUGAAAAAUGCAAAAGGAUUCGAUGACUUAGAAACAGCAUUAUACGGGAAAGUGUCGAUUAUGUAAAUGAAAUGAUCUUUCCAUGUGGUUCUGUUGAUAUGUCAUGGAUGGUGGCAAAAGUGACAGCACGAUCGUACUUGCUCUUGCCGCAUGACUUUCUUUUUUUCGUGAAUCAUAUCGUUCAAAUGCUAACUAAAAUGUUAUGACCAUGAUUGCCAUUGCAGUCUCGAGAGUGAUAUGUUUUUGUUCAAGUUGAUAAACGAUAUGUACAUAAACACGUUGUUGUUCUGGACAUUCAAACUAAAAUAAACAAGUUAUGUAAAUUUUAAAAAAAUAAUAGCUAGACUAAAAUGCACCCAGCUGGCACAUCUUUUGCUGAUAGCUAAUUUAUGUCAAUGUAAAAAUGGGGUUUUAGAAUGCAUCAAUCAAUGUUAUGAGGAGGAUUUAUCAUCAGGUCAUUGAUUACACCAUAGGGAUUUGAACACAACAGCACAUUGUAAUCAAUAUCACCAAAUAUGUGUUAUGAUAACACCAUGAAUUGGACACCGGUGUAAAAUGAUUGUUUUGGUUCUCUGUGAACACAGAUGGUGUAUUUUUAAACACCAAUGAUUUUCAAUAGUUACAUUAGCACAUAUAAGUGUACUUUGUUAUCGUUUAAAGGUGUGCUGUAGCUCGUUUGUCCGCUGAAUACGGCUGUUUCCUUAACCUAAAACUAGAAUUGAAUACUGUGUAUGGCAUAGAUGGACCAAUGGCCAAUGUUGGCUUCAAAUUUAGGACUGUGUCCCAUUUGUUGUUCGAUUAAUUUUAAAAAUCUUUAAGAUCUCAUACUUGUAACAAACUACCCAUUUCAGGCACGAUUGUUGCAUUUGUCUGGCAAUAAAAAAAGAAAAUCGA